UAAAGUCCAUUGACAAUGGAAGAAUAUUCCAUGAGCUCUCUGAUGGAAGAUGUUGUGCAAUUUUUGGAUGUCAGUGGAAAUAUGCAGCGGGUGAAAGACACUGCUUGUAAAUUCCAUACUAUGUCAAAGGAAAUUUUGAUCUACAGAUUUGAGCUGGUUAUUGAUGCAGUACAUCUCAUAGAAACAAGUGCUUCACUUGGAAAUUUCCUCCUCUUUCAACCCAUUAGAGCGAAUGCAUUGUUUCAGAAGGUAGUUGGUAAAGCAAUUAAAGAACUAGGAUUAUUGUCACCACAUGUCUCAGAAAGCCAGGUUUCUGUAAGAACAAAGCUGACAUCAUUGCCUAGAUCCAGAGCUACAGAAAUCGAAACAUACAACCAACUCAGUUGUUGUGGAAAAGGAUAUGUAUGCUGUACUGGUGUAGUCUUGGGGAAAACAGAGACCUCGAAAUACACGCAAAGUACUCGUUACAUUUGCACAGAUAAAUGUUGUGAAGGAAGUGAGGGAAAUCAUUUCAUUAGAAUGCAUGUUCCUGGAGCUCUAGAAUUUGAGACUAUUAGGAACGAUUUCAAAUGCAGGUUUUGUGGACAUAUUUUGGAAGAGGUUGUGUCUUGCAGGCAUUUGUCUGACAAAAUGAUAGCAGAAAUAAUUCCAGAAAAAUACCUGAAAUACAACAAUCUUGCAAGAUUCAAGCAGCAGACAGUCGCACUACUGUUGAGAGAUGAAUUGACAGUAAAGUUGAAGAUUGGACAAAAGUAUACAAUUAUUGGAAUACUAAGAAAUGAUUUAUACUCUGACAGAAUUAUCACAGCCAUAGAGGUGAACAAUGUGUUAGAGGGUUGUGUUUCAGAAAAUGCAAGUAUACCCAAAAGCAUGCAGCUAUAUUGUAAGUAUAUUAGGGAGUAUAAUUUUCCAAAAAUGUUGGCUUACUUUUUUGGAGGUCACAUCUGUCCUCCUGGGACAUUUAUGAAGCUCAAACUGUCGUGUUUGCUGAGUUUGGCAUCCUUUUUGCAUGAACAGGCCCAGCCAAUGCAUCUUUUAGCAGUAUGUAGAGACACAGAAAUUCUCCAUCGACUCCUCCAAUAUGCAAUGCAGUUUACCCGUAGGAGCCUGGCUCAUUCCUCUGGGAACCAUCUAGCUGCCAAAGUUAUUCCUGAUAAAUAUAACAGUUCCAAUUACUUUAUUGAGGGAGGAUCACUAUUGUUAGCAAGUGGUGGAAUAUGUUAUGUGGGAGACGUCAGAAAAUUAAAAAAACAGACCUUUGAAAGACUACAAUCUGUUUUGUCUAGUGGAAAAGUUCUCAUUGAUAUAGACAGUAAGUAUACAAAAGGACUAGCAGUGACCACUGAGCAACCUCUAUGUUCCACUAUCUGGGGUUAUGUUGACAAGUUUCAUCUGAAGAAACCAAGAGAAGAAUUCCUAGGUGGUGGAGAAGUAAGCUGUAUGUCAAGAAAUUUGGCUGAAGCCUUCAGCAUUGUACAGAUCACUGAUAGUGAUCAGCUCUCACACACUGAAGAAGUGGAUUUUCACAUCUCAUAUCAGACCCUUCAAAUCUCCAUGGAGGGAGCAAAGGAGAGUUUGCAUUUCCCUCUGUCUUUCAAUGACUUUGAGAAGUAUUUCAAGCAUAUACAGAAAAUACAUGUGAAAAUGAGUCCAGGAGCAGAAAAUCUUCUUCAUGAAUAUUAUCUUGCGACUCGGAGAGCCAGAAAUUCGACUGAUGUCAGCAUUAUAACAACUAAUACUUUGUCUACAUUAAUAUCAAUGGCACAAAGUCAUGCCAGACUUUGCCUUAGAACUAGUGUAGAAGAAGAGGAUGCAUUGGAAGUGAUUCUGUUGUACGAAGAAUCUCUGACAGCCAUGUUUGGUCCCUCCAUAUUGAGUAUUCCUCCUGUGUCUCAUAUCUCAGCAAACUUCAUUAAAGACUACCUUGAUAACCAGAAAAAUAGGUUCGUCUUAAAGAUGUUUCAAGCAAGGUUACAACAGUUUUCUGGCUUGCACCGAGGAUAUGAAGAAUAAUGGAUUCCAUAAAAUGAUAUAGAAAUAAUGGGAUGAGACCAGAGCUGCUCAUCAUUCUUUGCCAGCAGCUGUAAUAUUACCAGGAAAUUACCUUUAUUUGAGGAAUCGCUUGUGGUAUCAUCUCUGUGUCCUCGGAGAGGAAUAUUUUGUUUCCCACAAAGAAUGAUCGCAUCUACUAUUUUCUCAAGAAACUUUAUGUUGUGCUGAUACUGUGCCUGAUUUUGCUGAUUGAGUUUAUACGGAAGAGACGAAGUUGGCACUUCGGAUGUCAUCUUGGUUGUGUGAUAAACAGAUUUGGCACUCUUGUGAUGUUCUGAAUUUUGAUGCUUUAAAAGGGCAGAUGUUUUUCCAAGUGCUUUCUUAUACGCAGUAAAAGGUUACGUAACAAAUGUAUUUUGAUGUUGGACAUCUGACUGAGGGAACAUGACACAAAACUUACACAGACCGCCAUUUAACAGUUUGCUGAAGGUCAACCAUGAAAACUGAUUCAUCCAAGAAGAUUGAAAUGAUAAAGUCUUUUUGAGUUCACCCGUAUUCGUUGUUUGAGCACGACCUGUUUUUAACUUGGCGACAUCGUCUGGCAAGGGUUGAUUCUGAAUAUAACUUAUCUUUUCAGCUGAGGACAUUAUGUUGAACUUUAUUGCACCUGUUACAAUUUUACCAAGAUCAGAAAAAUCCGAAUCGUCAAAAGAUGUUUUAUCUUUAUCAUGUUCUGUUGUCUUAAUAAAUUCAUUGUCAUCAGAUUUAAUAUCCGUCUUUUCAUUUUGUGAGUCCAUGGUGAUUUCCGGGGUAUCAUCUGAAUCAAUACAAAGUUUUGACUUUUUAUGGGCAGGCUCCUUCAUUUCAUUGGAUUCAGUAGGUAAAACUGGGAAACAAACCACAAAAUGAUUUGGUGACCAAUUGUUUGGGUUGCUAUUUUCAGUGUGUGACCACAUGAUGUAGAUGGGAGAACCCUGACGUACCUUUUCAUCUGAAAAUGGCUUUAUUUCUUGAUGAAGAAAAUGUCUGUUUACAGCAACAUUUUGUAUUGUUGGAUAAAUGCUAGAUAUUAGAUGAUUCAGGGCAUUUGUC